ACUUUGGCACUGAUUAUACGGUGUGCUGCUCUCCAGAGGCAGAGAUAACACCCAAAAAACUGACAUUUUCCUAUACAAGUUGGGAGAAUCGGCAGCCCUUCAUUGAAGUCUUCAUCGAGGAAAUGAAGAGGAGUGUGCAGCUCAGCGUGACAGAGAGCUCAUCCGAUGAACCUCGCUGGGAGGCCACAUUGAGACCAAAAGAUGUUAAACGUGAUGCAUCGUCAGGAGAACACCACGCAGGAGGCGGCACAGGGAAGACAAUGAGAGACCACCUCCUGGACACCCUGAAAAACCUCCGAAAGGGAGAGCUGAAGGAGUUCAAGAGCAAACUGACUGACCUUGAGCUGGAGGAGGGAUACGACCACAUACCGCGAGGCCACCUGGAGAAUACAGAGCCAGUGGAGAUCCUUGACCUGCUGGUCAAACAUUAUGGAAAUGAUUAUGCGGUGAAGGUGACCACGAUGGUGCUGGAAGCCAUCAACCAGAGAGACCUGGCAGAGAGAUUGAGAAGUGCAGGGAGCAGGGGGGAGGGGUUGAGCUCAGGGGGCCCCUCAGGGGCUAGAGGGGGGGGAUUCAGGUGUUUUGUCGACCGGUACAGAGAACAGCUGAUCCAGCGGGUGACAGCAGUGGAUUGCAUCCUGGAUAAAUUGCAUGGCUCUGUUCUAAGUGGAGAGCAAUAUCAGUGGGUGAGAUCUGGGAGCACCAACCCAGAGAAGAUGCGGAAGCUGUAUGAACUAGUGCCGAGCUGGGACACGGCAUGCAAGAACCAGUUAUAUCAGGAGCUGAAGGCCACACAUCGACACCUCGUUGAUGAGCUAGAGAGGCAAUAGUGGGGAGUACCCAGAAGCCAUUGCUACCAGCCAUCCUGGAAGCUAUUCCUGCGUCUCCUGAUUCCAAAGAGUUUCCUGGACAGUUGACAGCUGAUGGACAAUGAUACAAAAUAAAACCUACUCCCUCUUCACUCUCCCAUCCAGUUAGAUGACUCUGGUUUAAUGCUAACCAGCAGAUGGCAGACUGGGAGCUCUUGGGCAUAGCUCAUCUGAUUUCUUCCCCCCCCCCCUCCCCCCGCCCCAUGUAGAUUUUCAAUUAAAUGAAAAGGGGGAAAAAACAUUUAGGUCAAAAUUAUCUCUGGAAUAUUUUUGAUUUUUUUCACUGGAAAAUGGAAACAUUUUGAUUCAGAAAUGCUGCCUCUGUGCCUGAUGGGAGUUGUAGUUUGGGAGCCUCAUGCUCCCAGCGGCGGAGAGUGCCUGGUGGUUCUACAUCUCCCAUGAUGCGCUGUGAUCUCCCCUUUCGGGAGCUGUGCAUCUGGGGUCCUUAGCCAUGGAGCAUCUUGGAAGAUGUAGUCCAACUGAUGAGCCCAGCCCACCCAGGAGAAUGUGGCCAUGAGGGAAAUAGACAAGACAGAGGAACAGAAAGAGACAGGAGGGGCUAGAUUCAUAAAGAAACUUUUAGGGGCCUAGUGGGGGGUUGUGAAUCCCAGAGGGGCCUGAUCCUGGGAUUUAGGUGCCUAACAUGGCAGGUAGGCACUUUAUCUACAUAAGAACGGCCAUACUGGGUCAGACCAAAGGUCUAUCUAGCCAAGUAUCC